GAGUGUGAUGUGUUUGUGUAUCCUCGGUGUUUUUCUCUCUUGCGUGUUUUAUUGAGUGUUAACAGAGUCUUGUCUCUGUGUAUUUAAGUGUUGAGACGAUGCAGGACACUACAGUGUGUGACAGUAAACAGAGCUUACAGGAGGAUCAAACCUCCACAGAGUCUCUGGAUUCUGUCUGUAACGCUGGAGAACAGCAGCAGAUCCUGCAGACCAAACUGAAGAUGUGUUCAGUUAAAAUCAUCGACUGCACGAACCUCAUGAUGAAGAUUAAAACUGAACCCACAGAAAUCAAAAUUGAACCCACAGAAAUCAAAAUUGAACCCACAGAAAUCAAAACUGAACCCACAGAAAUCAAAAUUGAAUCCAAAGAGGAAGAUCGCACUGAGGAAGAUGUUGGUUUUAUUCCAUCAGAUGUGAAGAGUGAUUUAUGUUUGGAUAUAGAAAUAUCGUCUUCAACAUCAAAAGAGCGACUGACAGCACAAACUCUUUCCUGCAUCACCUGUGGAAAGACAUUCAGCUCACAGAGACAUUUAGAGAGACAUGAGAGAAAACACACAGAAGAGAAACUCUUCACCAGAUCUGAGAUCAGCUUUACUACCUUACAAGAGAAGAAACUUCAUUCAGAAGACCACAGAGAGAAGAAGAAGAAGAAGCAGUUUCACUGUGAGCAGUGUGGGAAGAUUUUUAACUUUUCAUAUAAUCUUAAUGAUCACAUGAGGACACACACUGGUGAAAAGCCUUUCAACUGCACUGAAUGUGGAAAAUACUUCAGAACCAAACAAUAUCUUAUAGUUCAUCAGAGACUUCAUACUGGAGAGAAACCUCAUCACUGUAGUGUCUGUGGGAAGAGUUUUAGUCUAAAGCAUAACUUACUAAAUCACAAGAGACUUCAUACAGGUGAUAAACCUUUCAAAUGCUCUCAGUGUGACAAGACGUUUGCUCAGUCAGGUUCCUUACAAGCCCAUCAGAGAGUUCACACUGGAGAGAAACCUUAUCACUGUAGUGUCUGUGGGAAGAGUUUUAGUCAUGGGUCUGCAUUACUUAAGCACAAGAGAAUUCAUACAGGUGAAAAACCUUACAAAUGCUCUCAGUGUGACAAGACUUUUUCUCGGUCAGAUCAAUUGAAAGUCCAUCAGAGAGUUCACAUUGGAGAGAAACCUUAACACUGUAAUGUUUGUGGGAAGAGUUAAUCAACAGUCAAACUUUUGUAAAGCACCAGUGACCUUAAUAAGGUUAUGACACCAAAAACUUGUAUAAAGUUUUAAAUAUUGUUAAAAAACAAGUUAAUUGUAAAAUACGAGCAAAUAAUCAAAGUAUGCGUAACACACAUGAAAUAAAACCUUGCUGCUCAUGUUUUUAGAUUGAUCUUACAGUAUCAUAUUAUGGAGGACGGAAAAUUGUGCCAUAUUUCAAAGCUUUCUAGAGUUUUAUUUUAUGUUAUGAUGUCCUUAAAAGGAUAGUUUACGCAAAAAUCAAAAUUCUGUCAUCAUUUACUCACUUUCAUGUUGUUACAAGCCUUGUUGUUACAAAUAAAGUUUGAA